CUCCUGCAGGAGGUGAAGCUGCAGAACAACAUGAAGGACGAGGAGAUCAAAGCUCUGAGAGACAGGAUGAUCAAGAUGGAGAGCAUCAUACCUGUUCAGGAUGACGAUGUGAAUGGCAGAGAAGAAGGAGUGUCGCCUAAGAGGGGCGACGAUGGGGCCGGCGACAACGGGGCCGCUGAUGACACCCAGCAGCCGGAGGUCAGAGUCCAGCGGUUGAUGGAAGAGGACCCGGCGUUCAGGCGAGGGCGCCUCCGCUGGCUGAAACAGGAGCAGCAGCGAAUCCUGAACCUGCAGCAGCAGAACAUCGCCAAGAAGCUGCGAGGACAGAACCAGGGUCAGAACUCACCUGUGGUUCCUGUGCACCUCCCCGGGACCGGCCGCUUCAUCCCCCCGCAGGAGUGCAAGCUCAAGUUCCCCUUUAAGAGUAACCCCGCCCACCGGUUGUCAUGGGGACCAGCCAGCGCGGCCCUGCAGGCUCUGGGUCUGGGGGAGGGAGGGGGAGAGGAGGGGGAACAGCAGCAGGAGGAGGUGGGAGGGGGAGGAGGAUGUGAGGGCAAAGCUUCUCCAUCACCUCCUCCGCCUCAGGGCCUUUUGCCCAUCCCUUUCCAGGCUCCGCCCCCUCGCAUGCGCACCCCCAGCCCCCAUCGUGCCUGGCAGCAGCGCAAUCAGGGUAACCAGGGUAACCAGGGCGGCUUCUAUCACCAGCACCAUGGCAACAACAACAACCACCAACGCCGCUAUCGCCGCAACUCCCUAGACAGUUCUCCCCACCGCAACUACGACAACGACCAGCGACAUGGUGGUGGCGGCGGUCACCAGGGGCGACCGAGACAGAGAAGAGGGGUGUCACCCGGGCCAGGAGGAGAGAGAGGAGGCGGGAGAGGAGGAGGAGGAGGAGGGGGGAGGGACAGAGAAGGAGGCUUCCAUUAUAAUCAGCACCAUCAGUUUCAUCACCAUCCCUACUACAAUCCCCAUAAUGCACCAUUCCAACCAGGACCUCACCCCAACUACCACAGCCUGCCGCGUUCCGGCGUCCCGCCCCCGCCCGCUGACAUGCUGCUGGGGGCGGGGCCACCGCCAGGCGGGUGGGGCUUCACCACGCCGCCCAGGAUGAGGCGGCAGUUCAGCGCACCGGACCUCAAAAACAACAAGGAGACCCCCAUCUGACCUCUGACCCCAGGGAGGCCUCUGAUUGGCUGCAGGACACGCGGCGCCCCUGAUGCCGUCAAGAUGACUGUGUGUGUGUGUGCGCGAGUGUGUGUGUGUGUUUCAGCACUUUCACCACACUGAGUCAGCUAUUACACACCAACUAACAUCACACACAUCCUGUAUCUUCAAUCCUGCUGUGUGUGUGUGUGUGUGUGUGUGUGUGUGUGUGUGUGCGUGCGUGCGUGUGUGUAGCUUGCUCCUUGCCUUUACGUUAGCACGGGUUUGCUGUUGCCUUAGCAACAAUGUUUAGUUCCUGUUACUGUUUAUUGUCAGGCUGUCAAACAUUAUGGAAGUUUAUUAUGUAAUUAUUUAGUUUGAUUAGUUUUAUUGAUUACUUUGGUCUUUAUCAGUCGAUUAGUGAAAGCUGAAGUGUAGCUCCUGGGGCUAGCUUCCAUUAGCCGUAGAUAAGCGCUAUCUCGGGGGUUAGCUACUGUUAGCGGGGGAUACUGUGCUAACUCGGGGUUAGCUACUGUUAACCAAAGCUUAAGUUCUAGGUCCCAGUGUUAGCUGUUUGCACAUGUUAAAGUGUUAGCUCCCGGUGCUCGCUAUCAUUAGCAGAAGCUAAAGUGAUGUGCUGCGUUCAUAUAGAACUUGUGAGCUCAUGUUUACAACGUGAAAAGUGGAAAACUCGGAGUGGUUGGAAAAAUUUCACCUUUUGAGGUCAUAAAUUCCACGAGAGAGGGGUGAUAAUAUGGACUCUUACUGACAUCACAACUUCAAACGUAGCAUUACCCCCCAGGGCUAGCUACUGUUAGUAAAAGCUGGAGUGUUAGCACCAAGGGCUAGUUAACAUUAGCAGAAGCUCAAGUGAUGCUGCGUUCAAAUGGAACUUGUGAGCUCAUGUUUACAACAUGGCAAGUCGUGUCCACAACGUUGUGAAUUCAGAGUGCCCAGAAAAUAUCCUUUUUUGAGGUCGUAAGUACCAACAGAGAGGGGCGUUCAUAUGGACUCUUAUUGACAAUACAUCCGCAUUUAAACAUACCAUUAGCUCCCAGGGCUAACUGCCGUUAGCCGUAGCUGAAGUGCUGUCUCUUGGUGAUAACCACCGUUAGCCGAAGCUUAAGUAGCUCCCGAGGCUAGCCACCUUCAGCUCGAGCCGUUUUAAUUUUGUUGAUCUUGUUUUAACUUGAAGAUGAAGUACUUUGGUUUGUUUUUUUUUUCUGAGCAGGACGAGUGUUUGUACUUCAAUGGAGUUUGGGUUUUAAGCUCUCCUCUCUUUUAGCCGCUGUUAGCCCAGGAGGCUAACUAGCCCAGCUCAGCCUGAGAGCUCUGUGUUAGCUUGAGCUAGUCAGUUAGCCUGAGCAGGGAGAGCGAGUGGCUCUUUCACUUUUUAGGCAAAUGCGCUACAAGUGCAACACGGGUGAAAGUAUUAGCCUAGCCUCGCUUAGCCAAGGUAGAGUUCAUGUUGUAUGGGAAUUACAGUUUGUAUGACUUCAGCCACGGAUGAAGAGUUUGAAUAUUAUUUACUAUAAAAGAUCAAAUAAACCUUUAUUGAUUCCCAGAGGGGAAACUUGUCCAUAUAAGAGCAAUUUAACACAAAGUUGCAAAGUGAAGGGGCAUGUUAAAAUGUGUAAAACAAUUAAUGGAUUAUCAAAAUGUUUAAUUUUCUGUUAACUGAUUUUAAUAAGAACAAAACUUUCCUGAGGCUGAUUUUUAUAAUGACCUCAUGGUUGCAGGAAUACGGACCUGUCAGGCCGCAAAAAAAGACAAAGCUGAUUCCUGUCAGGUAUAACAUGAACAGGUUUUCACAAUUUUACGAGAUAAGUUCAUGUUAUCAAAGAAAAGUUGUUUUUUUUAAUGCAAGAAAAGUUUCUAGUAA